AUGAACGCGCGUGUGGGCGCCAUCCGAGCGGAUGUCUCAGACACCGGACCCGUGCGAAGCCUUCCUUCAUCGACUCUUGGCCCCCCACAGAGAUCCAGCCAGGCAGGACUCGUUUUAUUUCCUCCCGUCGCUCGUUGGUCGGACGACCCGUUUGUUUAUCUCUCUGCGUCUAGGCAACCGAACGCGACCAUUGUCGAAAGUGCGUGGGUGGUUCGUCGGACAACCAUGAAGUGGUCGAGCAUUCUCGCGGGGUCGACCCUCUUUGCCAGCACUGCGUGGGCGGAUCUGGACCCUAUUGUCAUCAAAGGUUCCAAGUUCUUCUUUAACAGCAAUGACACUCAAUUCUUCAUCCGUGGCGUUGCCUAUCAACAGGAAUACUCGAGCGACGACUCGACUAGCGGAAAUACGACAACCUAUAAGGAUCCUCUGGCCGAUGCCGAUGCCUGUGGGCGAGACGUGCCUCUGUUGCAGGAGCUCCGUACCAAUACAAUCCGUGUCUACGCCAUUGACCCGACCUUGGACCAUAGCGAGUGCAUGCAGCUACUCACCGACGCGGGAAUAUAUGUGAUUGCGGAUCUGUCAGACCCUGGUCAGUCGAUCGACCGAAGCCAACCGGCCUGGAACAACGCCUUGUACGAUCGUUAUGUCAGCGUGGUCGAUGAACUGUCGCAGUACACCAACACCAUCGGGUUCUUCGCAGGAAACGAGGUCUCUAACACAAAAAACACCACUGCUGCCAGUGCCUUUGUCAAGGCUGCUGUACGUGACAUGAAGCGCUACAUCAAGGCCAAGGACUACAGAUCUAUGGGUGUGGGCUAUGCCACCAACGAUGACUCGGAUAUCCGUGUCAACAUGGCCGACUAUUUCAACUGCGAGUCGGUUGACGAUAGUAUUGACUUCUGGGGGUAUAAUGUUUAUUCCUGGUGCGGUGACUCGAGCUAUCAGGAGUCUGGGUACAAAGAUCGCACCGAGGAGUUCAGUAGCUACUCGGUCCCGGUCUUCUUCGCCGAGUAUGGGUGCAAUACCGUACAGCCUCGAAAGUUUACUGAGGUCCAGGCUCUCUUUGGCGACGCCAUGACCGAGGUCUGGUCAGGUGGUAUUGUUUACAUGUAUUUUCAGGAAGCUAAUAACUAUGGCCUUGUGUCUGUUGAUGGCACUUCCGCUUCGACAAUGGUGGACUUUUCGUACUAUUCGCAGGAGAUUGCCAGCGUCAACCCUACCGGUGUCCAGAAGGGAUCCUACGACCCGUCUAACACUGCCCUCGAGGCAUGCCCCACCGUCGACAGCGACUGGGAGGCUGUUGCCAGCCCGUUGCCUCCUUCUCCGAACGAUGACCUGUGCACCUGCAUGGAAUCUAGCCUGGAAUGCGUUGUGAAGGAUUCCAUCUCCUCGGACCAGUACGGCGAUCUAUUUGACACCGUGUGCGGCUAUGGGGUCUGCGCUGGAAUCGAUGCAAACGCCACUUCGGGUAAAUACGGUGCCUACAGCGUCUGCAACGCGCAGCAACAGCUGUCCUACGUCUUCAACCUGUACUAUCAGCAGCAGAAGGCUGAGAACAACGCCGCCUCCGCGUGUGAUUUUGGAGGCGCUGCCUCGGUCACCGCCUCUGGCAAGGCUGCGUCUGCUUGCUCCACGCUGUUGAAAGAGGCCGGCACAUCGGGCACUGGAACUGUCACCUCGUCUCCCACGGGCACCGGCGCAGUCAGCAGCAGCAGUGCAACCGCUUCGAGCUCCAAGGGUGCUGCCCAUCCCAGUGCGAUGCCUGCUACUAUCUACCUGGGUGCUUGGCAACUCGGCAUUUACCUUCUUACUGCACUUGUUGCCGGCUUCGGCAUGGUCCUUCUUUAGGUUUUCUUUCCGGCUGUUUUCUUGGCCUGGAGUUUCAAAUCCAAGCUUCAAAUUCACUGUUCUACGGUAGAAGAUUAGACGCUACUCGACAUGGUUAUACACUGGCGACCAGCGUCUUUUUCUUGUGUUUGUUUGUGUAUGCUAAUUCGAUCCGGUGCUGCUCUUUGGUUGGUAUUCGGUGGUCGUCGUGUACGGCUUGGGUAGGAUUUUAGCUACUUCAAUGGACAUAUUUGUGAAUC